UCGGUGCGGUGAAGGAGAUUAUAAGCAGAUCAACCUCUCUCCAUUUAUAAAUAUACAGUUAUCGAUCCAUCGCAAAAUCCACUCUUUCUCCCAUUCCUUUUUCUCCCACUUUCCCAACCCACUGGCUUCCACGAUUCCCAGCCACCUCAACAACCUCUAACCCCACUCUCCUUGUUCUUAUCUCUCGUCCGUUCUUGCUUUCGUGUCUGUUGUCUGUUUGCAGAACUUCCCAGCAACAGUGAAACUGUUUCUUCCUUCUCCUCACUGUAAUGGAAAUGAGUACCUUAUUGUAUUGUUCAAUGCAUCCUCUUUAACACUUAUCUACGACUCCCACUCGCAUCGCCUCUGCUUCGAAGAAACCUAUUUCGUUUUCAAUUUGCAUUUCCAUUUCGUCUAGCAUUCAGUUGUGAAUCGAAUGAAAAAGAACAUGGUUUACUUGGAAGUUUAAUUAACUAUUCAUGGAUCUCGAUGAAGGAACCUAUGGGAAUUCCAUCAAGAAGGAGUCAUGGAGGACGGUGCUCACGCUUGCGUACCAGAGUCUUGGCGUAGUCUACGGUGACCUAAGUAUCUCGCCGCUUUAUGUCUAUAAGAGCGCAUUCGCGGAAGAUAUCGAGCACUCGGAGACAAAUGAGGAGAUCUUUGGAGUUCUCUCCUUUGUGUUCUGGACGCUUACCCUCGUUCCUCUACUUAAAUACGUCUUCAUAGUCCUCCGAGCAGACGACAAUGGUGAGGGCGGAACUUUUGCUCUCUACUCUCUUCUCUGCCGCCAUGCUCGGGUUGGUUUACUACCGAAUGGGCAAAUCGCUGACGAGGAGCUCUCCGCUUAUAAAAAGACUGAUGGAAUAUGCCAUGACCAUUGCUCCCGUUCUGGAGAAGCCGGCGUCGGCGGUCGGUUCACGGCAGCGGCGAGGUUGAAGAUGUUGAUGGAGAAACAUCGGGUGCUGAGGCAGCUGCUGUUGGUUCUGGCGCUGAUUGGGACUUGCAUGGUUAUUGGUGAUGGCGUGCUCACUCCUUCACUUUCCGUUUUCUCAGCCGUCUCAGGGCUGGAGCUUUCAAUGUCCAAGGAGCAUCACAAAUAUCUCGAAGUUCCUAUUGCAUGUCUUAUAUUGAUCUGUUUGUUUGCGGUGCAACAUUACGGCACUCACCGAGUAGGAUUUUUGUUUGCGCCAAUUGUUAUAACAUGGCUCUUGUGUAUCAGCAUGAUUGGCAUCUAUAACAUUUUCUAUUGGAAUCCACAUGUAUAUCAUGCACUAUCUCCCUACUACAUGUACAAGUUCUUGAAGAAGACACAAAGACAAGGAUGGAUGUCCUUAGGAGGAAUUCUUUUAUGCAUCAUAGGCUCUGAGGCAAUGUUUGCAGAUUUGGGGCAUUUCUCUCAGUUAUCUAUAAAGAUUGCUUUUACAUCUGUGGUGUAUCCAGCACUGAUCCUGGCAUAUAUGGGCCAAGCUGCUUAUCUCUCACAGCACCAUAUUCUUGAAAGUGAUUAUCGAAUUGGAUUUUAUGUGUCGGUCCCUGAGAAAUUGAGGUGGCCUGUGCUGGCUAUAGCUAUACUUGCAGCUGUGGUAGGAAGCCAAGCUGUUAUUACUGCUACAUUUUCGAUCAUCAAGCAAUGUUCGGCUUUGGGAUGUUUCCCAAAAGUGAAGAUAGUGCACACAUCCUCUAACAUUCGUGGCCAAAUAUACAUUCCAGAUAUCAACUGGAUCUUAAUGUUGUUGUGUUUGGCCGUCACUAUUGGUUUCAGAGAUACAAAACAUUUAGGAAAUGCCUCAGGACUGGCAAUCAUAACUGUGAUGCUGGUCACCACCUGCCUGAUGUCUCUUGUAAUCAUUCUUUGCUGGUGUCGUGGCAUCUUCAUUGCCAUAUGCUUCUUCGUCUUCUUUGGCGCAAUUGAGGCUCUUUAUUUCACUUCCGCCCUCAUCAAGUUUCGGGAGGGAGCUUGGGUUCCCAUUGUCUUCUCCUUUAUCUUCAUGAUCAUUAUGUACGUGUGGCAUUAUGGCACUCUUGAGAAAUACGAAUUUGAUUUACAGAACAAGGUUUCGAUCAAUUGGCUCCUAAGCCUUGGCCCAAGCCUCGGAAUUGUUCGUGUUCGUGGCAUUGGACUUAUACAUUCUGAGCUUGUUUCUGGCAUCCCAGCCAUCUUCUCCCACUUUGUUACGAACCUCCCUGCAUUCCACCAGGUCCUUGUGUUCCUUUGCAUCAAGUCGGUGCCAGUUCCUCAUGUUCGUCCACAAGAGCGGUUUCUGGUCGGACGAAUUGGCCCGAGGGAGUAUCGGAUCUACCGUUGUGUUGUCCGGUAUGGAUAUCAUGACAUACCAAAAGAUGAUAUUGAAUUUGAGCAGGACCUUGUGUGCAGCAUUGCAGCCUUCAUCCAGUCAAAUGGUUCUGCUGAACCCAACAGGCCUUCAGACGAGUCUGCCAAGGAGAAUGAGAAGGUGACAAUGGUAAAUACCGGAAUCUAUCUUCACGAGAAGGUGGAGGAAAAUGGAGCUUAUAUGGAGUCUGGUGACCUGCCUGGUCCUUCUAAACCACAAGAAAUUCAGUCGCCGGUUAUAGUGGUGAAGAAGAAGGUAAGUUUUGUCUUGCCUAAGAGCCCAAAGAUGGACUCCACAGUGAGGGAGGAGCUGCGAGAUUUGAUGGAGGCAAGGGAGGCUGGUGUGGCUUUCAUCACAGGGAACUCAUAUAUGAGGGCAAAAAGUGGCUCAAGCUUUGUGAAGAAGUUGGCUAUUGCUUUAUAUGAUUUUCUAAGAAGGAAUUCUCGAGGGCCUUCUUAUGCUAUGAGUGUACCACACGCUACAAACCUUGAGGUUGGAAUGGUCUAUCUUGUAUGAUCUCUCAGGUAUAUCUAUCAAAUAUCUUUAAAAAGGGUUUUUUUCUUCUUUUUUUUCACUUGUGUAUGAUGUGGAUAGUAUUAAUUUUUGCUUUGUGGUCUAGAAAUUGUUGGAAAAAAGGUUGUUUUUGAUGUGCAUGGGAAGGAAGAUUUCAAUGUUUUAAGCCUCUAUAUUUCACUUGUGUAUGUAAUGGAUAGUAUCAUGUUCAAAGUUUUUAUAUGGUUGGGGA